CAGUUGUGUCAACAGUGGCGAGUCGACAGCACACGGAAUUAUAGACAUAUGCAUAUAUCUAUUAUAUAUAUCGAGUGCUUAUAAUGCAAAGUCAAAACCUGAAUUGGGGCAUUGCAGCAGCUGGACGAAUCACCCAAGACUUUGUCACUGCUCUGAGCACGAUUCCGAACUCGCGCCACGCAGUGCUGGCCGUUGCCGACGUCGAGGGCUCGCGUGCCCAGGAGUUUGCGCAGCGCAAUCAAAUCCCGAGGCACUACGACGGAUUCGAGGCGCUCUCGUUGGACAAGGAGGUGGAUGUGGUGUACGUGGGCACCCUGAAUCCAUUUCACUAUGCUGUGGUGCGGCUGAUGCUCAUCCGGGGCAAGCAUGUGCUCUGCGAGACACCGCUGUGCCUGGGCCUAGAGCAGGCCCAGGAGCUCUACAAGUUGGCCGAGCAACGAGGCGUAUUCUUCAUGGAAGGCAUGUGGAGUCGCUGCUUUCCCAGCUAUGAACGGCUGCGCGAGCUGCUCCUUGGCGAUGCCAUUGGCGAGGUGAAGCUAGUGAAGCUGCAGCACGGCUUCCGUUUGGCCAAUGUGGAGCGCGUGGCCAGCCGCGCCCUGGGCGGCUCCAUUACCCUGGACAUUGGCAUCUAUGCGCUGCAGCUGGGCCAGUUCGUCUUUGGCUCGGCGCCCGUCAAGAUUAUUCCCAGCGGCACUCAGCUGAAUGCGGAACGCGUCGACGUUCAAACCGAAUUCAUAUUGGACUAUGGCGAUAAUCGGCGUCUGAUUGCACUCAUUACAGGCCUGGAGCAUCUGGAGAACGAUGCGAUCAUCGUGGGCACCAAAGGCGAGAUUAAGCUCUCCAACUAUUGGUGUCCCACCCAGCUGACACUGGCCAAUCAUGCGCCCGAAUCCUGGCCCCUGCCCAGGGCCAAAUUUGAUUUUCACUAUACAAACUCUUGUGGGCUGCGCUACGAGGCGGAGGAAGUGCGUCGGUGCAUCGAGAAGCGUCUGCUGGAGAGUCCCAAGUACACGCAUGCUGAUAGCUUGGAGGUGAUUGCCAUUACGGAUCAGAUACGCAGUCAAAUUGGAGUCAACUAUGAUAAUGUGCUUGGAAGGGAUGCCUAGAGAGAUAUGGAAAUGAAUACGCACUUAUGUAAAUU